AUGCGUUUGCAGUCAAACAAAUACUGGAUGGUUGAGCGUGAAAAUUGUGAAAUUCUUUUUCAGCGAAGGAUGUGGGAACAGGACCAAUUGAACAGUUGCUUAGAGUUUGUUCCAGAAACUAUCGAUCCGGCUCCGUUUCAAUUAGUUGAGACAACAUCGCUGUAUAAAGUUCACUCGCUUUUUUCUUUACUUGGCAUCAGGAGAGCCUACGUUACAAACCGAGGAGUUCUUGUUGGUGUUGUUGCACUGCGUGAGGUGCGUACGGCUAUUGAACGGGCUCAUUCCGGAGAACUAACACCAGCUACAAUUCCGGCUGGAGUUUCGAGUGAUCAUAAUGGAACUUCCGGAGGCUUAGAAAACGAAGACCUUGAGGCAGGCCAAGACUUAAUGCCAGACGAUAGCGAUUCAGAAACGGACGAUGAUGACUGUAUUAUGCCUCGAGUAGAAGUGGAAGAAGAUAACACACCGAACGAUGAAGGUAUUGCUGAAAAACUGCAUUUCAAUGGGACUUCAGACUUUACAUAUGGUGAAAAACUCGAUGAAAGAACCAGAACCACUUCCUCAUCGUCCUCUUCAAGCGACAAUCCGACUUUGAUCGGUUUGGUUCCAGAAGGGCUAGACAAGUACUUGAACGAGUACAGCAAAGAUCCGAAGAAACAAAUUCAAAUUGUACCCACUGUACCUACAGAAACACCGUCCAGUUCAAGAAAUGUUGAUCGACAUGUAUACAUCGUAGAACCAGGAAAAGAAGAAAAAUUUGGCCAUUCAGUGGACAGCAGAAGAAACUCUUCCGCAGCUAGUAAGCAGUUGUUUGAGAAUCUACCCAAGUAUUUGGAGAUAGUGCCAAAUCUAUUGGAAAAUAAUUAUGACGCCGGAAGUAGUCGUAACUUCUGUUCAGCAAACAGCGAUUCAUCCAGUAAGGUCUUUUUAAUAAAAUCAGACGGAGAAGUGGUAAACGUUGCUGGUCAACAACAACAAGGCACUUCUAGCGCUUCUGCAGGCAGUGCAUGGCCAGGCGGACACUCUCUGACCCGUUUUUGUUCUGAGCGUAUAAUUCGAAGCUCAUUCCGGCGAUGGGCUAAACGAAGAAGGAGUUUGCAACCAGUAAAGCAAAGCAAGUUGCUAACGGACAGCUUAUCGCAUCCAAAGAGAGGUGGUCGUAAGCGUCGUACGAAAAGCGGUAAAAAUACGGAAGCUUCAUCAUCAAAGGGUUCAGAAGGCGGGUUACAGAAGACUAAGCUUAGCUCUUCGCUAACCGAUAUUUUGACAGUAAUAUCUGACCCAAAUGGACUCGUUUGA